CCUACUGAAGGACAAGAGGUGCCUGGAGGCAUGUAAUCAGUCAAAAAAAAUAAUAAUAAUAAUUUCAAAUUUAGAACUUAAAUACCGACCAACAUGCUGAGAAUUAAGAUGGUCAAACGUGAAAAGUCAAAGAGAAAUUUUUCUGUAUAUGUUAAAGCAAAAGAGACUCGGAUGGAUUAGUUUGACCCAUGAAAUCCAUGAAAAAACGUUGGAACACCAUGGUAAACACCCACACGUACUCACUAGCCCCGUACUUCCGACCAUAUUUCCUCCUAUAUAUAUCUCUGUAUCAAACUCUAUCCCACUUCAUACACAUCUUCAAGGUCUUCAAUUCUUAAACCAAGCCCCAAAAAAAAAAAAAAAGAGAGAGAAAAGAUUAAUAAACCUUAACGCAAAGAAAUAUCUAUAUCCAUGGCCACCCUUCAAGCUUCUUUUUGCUCUUCAUCAUCUUCUUCUUCCUUGAGAAAAAUCAAAUACACUCUCCAUCACCCAAAACUCCAAUCAUCUAAAGUCUCUGUUCCCAACAUCUUCAAUAAUAAUGAAGUAGUUGGCAGUAGACAAUUACCAAACUUAACAACAGCUUCAACUCAUGAUAUACAUACCAAGCCUAAGAUUGUAAACAAAACUAGAAAUACGUUCACUACUAAUUAUCAAGCGAAUUCCAAUCCUGAGGUGGUGCAAGAAUUAUAUGCCAUAUUGGAAAUUGUAGCAGACAGAAUAGAAAUGCACAAAAACAUCGGUGCUCAGCGCGAUAACUGGAACGGCUUGCUUCUAAACUCUGUCAAUGGAAUGACAGUCACUGCAUCAAUCAUGGCUGGCCUUGGAGCUCUUAAUGGAUCAUUUGGAGCAACCCUUUUGGCUUUAAAGCUCUCUUCAGGUCUCCUCUACAUGGCUGCAACGUUGAUUCUGCUCGUGAUGAAUAAAAUUCAGCCUUCUCAACUAGCAGAAGAACAAAGGAAUGCUUCAAGACUGUUCAAGCAGAUCUAUGAAGAAAUCAGAACAACUCUGGCUCUUCGAAUCCCGAAUUCCAACGACGUAAACGAUUUGAUGCAGAAAGUUUUGGCUUUGGAUAAGGCAUAUCCACUUCCCUUGCUUGGAGCUAUGCUGGAUAAAUAUCCUUCAAUUGUAAAGCCUGCUGUGUGGUGGCCAAAAGAAAAGCCUGAACAUGAAAUUGAAGAUUCGAAGGUAGGUGAAAAUGGGUGGAAUGAGAAACUUGAAGAAGAAAUGAAAGAGAUUGUUGGAGUUGUGAGGAGAAAAGACUCUGAAGAGUAUGUGAGGCUAAGCAAAAUGGCAUUGAAGGUUAGCAAAGUUCUUGCUUUCUCUGGUCCUUUGCUCACUGGCUUUGCUGCAGUUGGCUCUGUUUUCAUGGGAUUGCCCGGUUUUGGUUCAUGGGGUACCUUUUUUGGUGUGGUUUUUGGAGCUUUGGCAACAGUGGUUAACAGUUUGGAGCAUGGUGGACAAAUUGGGAUGGUGUUUGAGAUGUAUAGGAGCUCUGCUGGUUUUUAUAAACAUAUGGAAGAAAUUAUAGAUUCAAAUUUGAAAGAAGGAGAGGUUGAUAAGAGAGAGAAUGGAGAAUUGUUUGAAGUUAAAGUGGCACUUCAGCUAGGUAGGAGUUUGUCUGAACUCAGAGACCUUGCUAGUGCUUCAUCAUUGUCUUCAAGAAUUCAGAAAGCCAAAGAAGAAUAUGCAAGCAAGCUUUUUUAAAUCAAAAUCUUUUUAAUGUUUUUCUUUUGUUGAAAAAAAUCUUAUACGAGACUGACUAUACAUGUAUUUAUUCAGUUUGUAGAUUUGUAAUGAUAAGUUCAUCAGAUUGAAAAUAUUCAAUUUUCAUGUAUUUGAACUAAUGUGGUUCAAUAUAGAAAAUGAUAUCAGUUUUCUGCAAUAAUGGAGGUAAUGAAAUAUUUAUGAAAGCCAUUUUGAAGAGAUAUUGGGCAUAAUCAAGCGUACCUGUUUAUACUGGCAGAGCUUAUAGC